GGAGGGAAGGAAGCAGCAGAAAGGCCUGAUCCUUUUGCCAUUUUUUGUCCAUCUCUUGCAGGAAAGCCCCUGGCCCCCUCCCACAGAAUGUCAGCCAGUGAGGUCUGUUUCCUGAAUAAGGAGGGCGGCCCUGAGAAGAGAAGCACAGCGGCUAAGCCCACACCCCCAUUGCCAUAACCUCUCUGGCUCUUCUCGGACUCUCAGAACAGGACACACCCUUGCAGCCCCAGAUAAACAAGCUGAGCUUUAGGUACUUGCCACCCCCAUGUCAACCAGUCCCAGUUCCAUGAUGGGGCCCAGUCCUUCUGACACACCCUCUUCGAUGCUCUUCAGUGACUUGGAUGACCUCCAUAACUGGACAGAACUGAUACAUUUCUUCAAUCAUACCUUUUCCGAGUGUGAAGUCAAGCUCAGUGAAAAUGCCAAGCGUGUGGUCCUCUUUGUACUCUACUUAGCCAUCUUUGUGGUUGGGCUAGUGGAGAACCUGCUAGUUAUCUACAUCAACUGGAAAACCCUGGGCCAAGGGAAACUGCUCAAUCUCUAUGUCUUCAACAUGUCUGUGGCUGACUUGGGUAUCAUCCUGUCUCUGCCUGUGUGGAUGCUGGAAGUCACCCUGGACUACACAUGGUUGUGGGGCAGCUUCUUCUGCCGUUUCACACACUACUUUUACUUUGCCAACAUGUAUAGCAGUAUCUUUUUCCUAACCUGCCUCAGCAUAGACCGGUAUGUCACACUCGCCUACUCCUCCCCUUUCUGGCAGCAAAAUCAGCACCGGGUUCGGAAAGGCAUAUGUGCAGGUGUUUGGAUCCUGUCUGCCCUCAUCCCACUGCCAGAGGUAGUUCAUAUCCAUCUGAUAGAAGCCACAGAUCCGAUGUGCCUGUUCUUGGCACCAUUUGAAACAUAUAGCACGUGGGCACUGGCUGUGACCUUCUCCACCAUAGUCCUGGGCUUCUUACUGCCUUUUCCACUAAUGGUAAUCUUUAAUGCACUGACUGUUUACCAGCUACAUCGGGUGGGACGGCCAGAGGCUCGGCGCCACGGACUAUUGGUUUGUGCCUAUGUGGCUGUUUUUGUGGUCUGCUGGGUGCCCUACCAUGUAACGUUGCUGCUGCUCACGCUACAUGGGAACCAUAUCAUCCUCCACUGCUACAUGGUCCAUGUCCUCUACUUCUUCUAUGAUGUCAUUGACUGUUUAUCAAUGCUGCACUGUGUUGCUAACCCUAUCCUCUACAACUUUCUUAGUCCUAGCUUUCGUAGCCGACUGAUGGGAGCUGUGGUCCAUUAUAUUCCCAAGGACCAGGCCAGGAAAGGCAGGGGUUCUUCCUCCUCCUCCACUACCAAGCAUUCAAUUGUCAUUACUAAGGAGGGAGCCCAAACCAACUAGGUAAGACCCUCUCGACCCUCUACUCCCAACCCCCUGACAUAUCUGGGCCUACACUUUCAGGAAUGUGCCUCAUCCUUCCUUAAUUCUAAACACCUCAUCUUGCCCCAUCCCUCAAUCUGAUAUGCCCAACUCUGAUGGAUUCCUGUUUUAAACUUUCCUGCUGAGGAGUGUCAGUUUUCCAGACUUAAAAGGAAUUCAAAAAAGCAAGUGGAGUCACAAAGAGUUGGACACAACUGAAAUGAUCAAACAAUAACAAAAAGCAAGGGAGGAGGAAGAACCUGAAGGCAAGAGAUGGGGUAUUUAUGUACAGUAAUUAGCACAGAGUGCUAAUUCUUGUACAUAUUGAAAUUGGGACCAGGCCCACAGAAUUGUUAUGACCAUUUGUCCAAUUCAAUUUCUCUCUCUAUGGGUUUGGAAUCAGGCAAAAUUCUUCAGAAGUAUCUGUAAUAUGGGCAGGGAGAAGGGAACAAAAGUGAGAAUCAUCUGGACCCCGGAAUAACUGGUACUUCAAAGUGGUAGGGGAGGGAGGGAAGGGCAGGGAGAUGGAAAGAGACUUGGCAAAGGAAGCUGGAAACACACCAUAAAUCACCCUAACCAGGACAAACCUGGCAGUAGCCUCAGACCUUUUUUUUUGCUUAUAUAUUGAAUUCACUGAACUAUCCUGGAUCUGAGGACAGGAUGCUAGAGGCCAAGGAGCUGGGAGGCCACAAGCAGGAUAUCCCCAAGGUCCCACUGUUUUGAACUAAGAGUAGAUAUCUUUAGUGUUAAGGAUAAGUAAGGCAGAGGUAGGGGAGACAAGAGAGAGGAAGCUGCCCAAAUGUCUGGAGUUUAAUGCAAGUGUCAUGAAGCUGGGCCAAGAUGACACUUCUACCCCCAAGACUGCUAGAAAUAGCUCAGCUUGGUCUUCAUCACUCCCCAGUGUUCCCCUGGCAUGGGCUGGAAAGUUCAGUAUUGGGACCUACAAACCAGUUAUAACAUUCAUUUCAAUUCUGUUCUCCUUUUUGUAUUUCUUUUAAGGCAAAUGUGCACUUCACUUUUCUGUGUAGAUGUAUCAACAACUUACCUACACAUUUAGCCUGGAGAAAGGGCAAGUUAAUUUGAAGAAUUGUAUUACUAUUAAUGAGAGGUUUUUAGGCUAGCCAAACUAGUCUCUGUUGCCUUUGGCAAUUCCUGGCUUCAUAAUUCUCCCCAAGGAUAAGCAAUCAUGAACUCAAUGUCUGGUACACACCCUCUUUACCCACCAGUUACUCCCCCUGAUGAAAGCAAUUGGUAGGCACAGAAUCUCUCCCAGAACAGGAGUUUGUAACCUGAAGUCCAUGAAUUUGUUUUCUAAAGUAUUUUGAUAAAUGUAUUUCAAUAUCAUUGAUUUCCUUUGUAACCCUAUAUUUUAUUUUGUGCAUUUAAAAACAUUAUUCUGAGAGGGAGUCCAGAGGUUUCACUAGAUUGCCAACAAAAACGGUUUAAGAAUCUGUGAUCUAGAAUAACCAUCCUUGUACUUUGGAUUUUUAUCCUUUACUCCUAGAAAGUCGAACCCAUUCACCAGAUAUAUUAAACAUGUACUCCAAUGCGAUUAAAUGUAGAGUGUCUCCAUGGAAGGAUGGUUGGUAAUCUAUAGCCAGGACUUCAUGGUUAAUUCUCCUCAGUGCUUACCAGGUCCACCCCUAAAAUGAUCUUGAGCUAUAUAGGCCAAAUGCUCAGGGUUGAUCAUAUUUCCAGGAAAAGACUUAAAAAAAUCUUUUUUCCUAUAUGAAAACGCAAGAUCUGGUCCCUUGGAAAAUGUCAUUACUUCUCUAAGCUGGGGUGCUGCUGGCUAUCCCAGUAAACACUUCCCAAUCCUAGACUGCUGGUCACAUCCUAAGUUAUCACACAGACCACUUCUCCCAAGACCUUGCUAGUCUCACAGCACCAAUAAUGUAGUGGCCAGCUGCCAUUCAGAUAGCACAAUUCAGUACAGGAAUCUUUCUAUUUUAUGGGAUAACAGAAUAGAGACUAGAAGGGCUCAUUUGAUCUAUCUUUCUCCAGUACUGACCCAAAGUCCUCCAAGAUGAACUUUAACACUGAAAGGAGGUGCAAGUUUCUGUUCAUGGGAAUACAUUUUUAAUAACUUCGUAGAAUUUUACACCAAACCUCUAUUGCUCCCUAAACUCCUUUCAGUGUUCCUCUGUUUAAUCUCUAUUUCCCCAUACAACCUAGAAACCAUAAGGAAUUGAAUGGUACUAGUUGUCUCCUAGUCAAUACUUGUUCUGGUCUAAUAUGCAGCUAACUUUCUAGAUACAAAUUCCACCUAUGGGCAGGUGAAAGAUGUAAUUAAGGAUUCCUCCAGGGCAAAACUGGUUCACUUAUUUCAUUUUUCAUUUGGUUAAGAUAACAAGUUCAUCUCAAUCUUGAAUAGGAAAUCCUCAAGACUGGAAAAGGAAACAUGGGACUUGAAAGCACUUUGGUUUUUUGUCUGGGGAAGUUUGACAGCAGCAGUGAGGUGCCCAGCCCACAAAAUCCAAGUUCAGAAGCAUGGGAAUAUUCUCAAACAUUAAGGGAAAGACACAAGUACACCUCAAAUUUCCUUUUUUUUAUUCUAAAUAAAAACCACACUUUGUGCUGAA